GAACUGCGCCUCCCUCACUCCUCACCUGGCCUCGGAGCUGUCUUGAUCCCAGGAGCCGGAAGUGAACGCAGCCGCUGCCUGCCCUGGACCCCAGGUCCUGGGAGCUCCUGGUUGGCAAGUGACACCUCUGGGACUUAAGUGAGGCUGGUGAGAAGCCAGAGCUGCACCGCCGGGUGACUGCCCCCGCCAUGUCGCAGGUGAUGCCCAGUCCCCUGCUGGCAGGAGGCCACGCCGUCUGCUUGCCUCCCUGCGAGGAACCCAGGAGGGUCCUGCACCCAGCACCCAGCCCCAACCUGCCGCCACCGUAUCCUUACUACACCACAGAAGGCUGGGGAGCCCAGGCCCUGAUGGCCUCCACGCCCUGCAAGGAGCCCCCCAACAGGCUCCAGCAGGCCCCCCAGGCUGGAGCCAAAGCCAGCUGCCUCCUGCGGUCCCCUGGUGAGCAGCCCUCAGGGGCCCUGGAGGACUCCUACAUUGGCUUCUCACUGGAGAGCCUCAACCAGAUGAUCCUGGAACUGGACCCCACCUUCCAGCUGCUCCCCACAGGGUCCGGUGGCCCGUGGGCAGAGCCCACCCAGAGCCCUACCUCGCAGAGAAAGAAAGAAGAGCCUGAAGCCUUGGAUAUAAAGUACAUCGAGGUGACCUCCGCCAGAUCAAGGUGCCACGAUGGCCCCCAGCGCUGCUCCAGCCCAUCUGUCACCCCGCCUUUCGGCUCCCCACGCAAUGGUGGCCUCCUCCUUUCCAGAGACGUCCCCCGAGAGACUCGAAGCAGCAGUGAAAGCCUCAUCUUCUCUGGGAACCAAGGCAUUGGGCACCAGCGCCCUCCUCCCCCGCCUGGGGCUCUGUCCUCUCAUCCCCCACCCUCUCCCAGCAUCUCCAUCCCUUGCACGAGGAGCAAGGCCUCAGGCCCUCAUGGCUUUGGUUCCCCCCUGAUGGCUUCUCCAGGCCUGGAGAAGGGCCUGGGAGGCCCAGCCACACUGGGAGGCAACGGGGUCUCUAUGGUGUCGGCCCACCCAGCGACGGAUGUCAGCUACGUAUUUGGAAGCAGCCAGUCCCUCCUCCGCUCCAGCAUCUCCAGCCCACAGUCCUCUUCUAGGUCCUUGGAAAGCCCAGCCAGCUCUUCCUCCAGUCUCCACAGCCUUGGCCCAGGGUCCCUGUGCACAAGAGCCAGUGACAACCAGGUGCCCAUCAGUACCACCCCAAGCAGGGGCCAGCCCGGAGCAGCCUGUUCCCCGCCACUGGACAAGGAGCAUGCCAGCAGCUGCCCCCCAUCCAUCGCCAACUCCAUGGUGGACAUACCCAUCGUGCUGAUCAACGGCUGCCCAGAACCAGGGUCUUCCCCACCCCAGCGGACCCCAGGACCCCAGGACUUUGUGCGACCUGGGGCUGCUUCUGCCAGCAACCCUUGUCCAGCCACCAGGAGCCACAGCCAGACCCUGCCAGAUGCCUCUCCCACCGCAUCCCCACAUGGUCCCGCCAGGGACGUGCAGCCCACCAUGAAGUUUGUGAUGGACACCUCUAAGUACUGGUUUAAGCCAAGCAUCACCCGAGAGCAAGCAAUCGAGCUGCUGAGGAAGGAGGAGCCGGGGGCUUUCGUCGUGAGGGACAGUUCUUCAUUCCGAGGCUCCUUCGGCCUCGCCUUGAAGGUGCAGGAGGCCCCCGCACCUGCCCAGAACCGAUCAGGAGAGGACAGCAGUGACCUUAUCCGCCACUUCCUCAUCGAGUCUUCCGCCAAAGGGGUGCAUCUCAAAGGAGCAGACGAGGAGCCCUACUUUGGGAGCCUCUCUGCCUUUGUGUGCCAGCACUCCAUCAUGCCCCUGGCCCUGCCCUGCAAACUCACCAUCCCGCAGAAAGAAUUGGGAGGCGGAGACGGAGCCUCAGACCCCGCUACAGACAGCAGGGCCUCCUGCCUGAAGAGAUCUGCGGGCUGCCAUGUUCUGUACCUGAGCUCUGUGAGUGUGGAGACCCUGACCGGAGCCCUGGCUGUGCAGAAAGCCAUCUCAACCAUCUUGGAGAGGGACGUCCUCCCCACGCCCACUGUGGUCCACUUCAAAGUCACGGAGCAGGGCAUCACCCUGACCGACGUCCAGAGGAAGGUGUUUUUCCGGCGCCAUUACCCCCUCAGCACCCUCCGCUUCUGUGGCAUGGACCCCGAGCAACGCAAGUGGCAGAAGUACUGCAAGCCCUCCUGGAUCUUUGGGUUUGUGGCCAAGAGCCAGACCAACUCACAGGAGAAUGUGUGCCACCUCUUCGCGGAGUAUGACACGGUCCAGCCAGCCUCACAGGUCAUCAGCCUGGUGGGUGCCCUGCUGCAGGACACAGAAAGGAUGUAGGGGGGCUCUCCCUGCACGUGCUCCCAGAUAUCCCAAGGGAAUUGCUCGUAAGUCCCCUCCACCCCCUGAACAAGUGGCCGUAGCCACACUGAUAGACCAAUGCAUUGAACUGAAGGAGAAUGAUACUACAUUGAAACCCAAUAUGACCUUCAUCAGUGACCUUCAUCCAGGCCCCCCCCCCCCAGGCCUCAGUUUCCUCAUCCAUGAAAGGAGGCCAGUAGACAGGGUCAGCUGUUCUUCUCAGACUCUGGGGGGAUCCGAACAAGCUCCCUGUGAUUCUGAAGCACACCCUCACCUGAGGACCCCCACGGGAAAACAGCCUCAGAGGACACCUGACUCCAUCAGCCUGGACGCUACCGACACAGCAGCCUGAGUUAGAGGCCUGUGCCCCUGUUUCAUGGCAAACAGCAGGUGCUGGGUCGGACCAAGGGGCCCUGGCCAGGGCUGGGCUGGGCUGGGAGCAGAAGGAUGCAAUGAUUCCGGGCCAAAGGAGCGAUGGACUGACUCUCUUUCCCUCCAUAGCUGUUCCUUUCCCCAUUUCCCGAAAGACUUGUUGGGCAGCUGUUCCCAGGAUUCUCCAGGCCAAGUGGCCAUGGCUGUUAGAGCAGCUUAGCAAGAACUUGCCCCUGUGGGCAGAGCUGACCCAGCCCCCCUCGCGUCCUUGAUGUCUAAUCCCCUCUAUUGCAAAUUUUUGGUAAGCAAGUGUCCUCUCACUGGUGUCACAGCUGCCCUAGUGUUGCUUGUGUAACCCACACCUGUCGUGGACACGGCAAGAUCCCUGCUCUCCAGGGCAGACACAAGGGUCAGCUCUCUCUAGUUCUGCCUCAGUUCCACUCUUUCCGAGUCCCCUGCCACACACACACACACACACACACACACAUGCAUGCACGCGGGCGCCCUCUAUAGUGGUGUAGCAUCAACUAGGCCUCCAGCCACAAAGAGGCAGCAGAGAGUCAGGAAUGCAAACAGUCAGCCACUCCAAGAACCUUGGAGAAACUGGGCGGUCUUUCCCACCCCAAUCCCAACCCUCCUCCCACCGAAUUCUCCAGAAGCUGGGAUGGUUUUUCUAGCAGGCCCGAGGUUCUAAGGAAACCACUCCAUGAGGAUGGAAAGGGAGGCUCAGAGAAGCCUGCUUUUGCUCCAUGAGGAACAAGUACCUGCCCCCUCCCAGCUGUGGAUCUUGCCAGCGCAUCAUUAUCUUUGACCAAAGUUGGGCCUGAGGGAUUAUGAUUUCAACCCAAGAAACCAAACUGGACUGAAGCGGCCCUGGGCUGGCGGAACCGGCUGAGACCAGCCCACCCAGCCUGUGGUCGGGCACUGCCCCACCCCCGGAGACUGCAGACUGCUAGACAAGUUUCUCAAGGUCACAGUGCUCAAGUUCUCAAGGUCAAAGCCUGGGGGCUGGCAGAGAGCCCUCCAUAUACCCAUGGGUGCCUGUGUAGCUCCCAGCACUGAAAAUAAAGUGUCUGUUUUUGCAUAACA